AUAAAAAUAAGAAAACGCAAAUGUCCGUCACCCAAAAAAAACCUAGAAUCAUGACUAUAUAAAACCCUAGUUUGGCUCCCUAGGUUAUUCUCCUCAGAUCAGCAGCCCCCCAGAGUCUAUUCCCUCAUCUACCCCCAAAUAUCCUCACAUUAUGUCUCUGGUGGCCAACGAAGAUUUUCAGCACAUUUUACGUGUGCUGAACACCAACGUUGAUGGGAAGCAGAAGAUUAUGUUUGCAUUGACCUCCAUCAAGGGUAUCGGAAGGCGAUUCGCUAACAUCGUUUGCAAGAAGGCUGAUGUCGACAUGAACAAGAGGGCUGGUGAAUUGACUGCACAGGAGUUGGACAAUCUCAUGACCAUUGUUGCAAACCCCAGGCAGUUUAAAAUCCCUGACUGGUUUUUGAAUAGGCAGAAGGAUUACAAGGACGGGAAGUAUUCCCAAGUCGUGUCUAAUGCUCUUGACAUGAAGUUGAGGGAUGAUUUGGAGCGUUUGAAGAAGAUCAGGAACCACCGUGGUCUGAGGCACUACUGGGGCCUUCGCGUCCGUGGUCAGCACACCAAGACUACUGGUCGCAGAGGGAAGACUGUCGGUGUGUCUAAGAAGCGUUGACGGCUUCAUAUAUAUUUUGGAAAAAAUUAUGUAGUCUUGCAGAGUGUUCAUAUCUUUGAAUGUAAGCACUAUUUGCAGGAAGACAAAUUUUGGAUGUGAUUUUUUUUUGUUGUUUCUAGACAAGUGGUAAGACUAGUAGUGUUGGGUCUUUAUCGGUUGCUAUUAGGAAUACUUGCGUUACUGAAUUUAAUUUGGUUUGAAUGAUAAUUGUCUUUGGAA